GGGGAUGUGAUAUGUUGGCAACAAUCGCACGUGGACCUUGCACGCUUCUGUCUCUCGGCCCAGUAACCCCCUCCCCCGACUGCAGCUGUAGAGCGCCUCUAGCGGCCGUGCUGGAGGGCCACGCUUCACGCCGACUUUGUGUCGCGAGAGGGCCCUGGGAGAGAGGGAGAGGAGGCCGGCGAGAGAGAAAAGAGAGCAGAGGAGGAGGAAGCGUGACGCAGGACCAUGGUGGUUACGGUGGACAUUAGGCGAACCUACAAGUACCCCUUCGAAAAGGUCGUGGAUGUUUAUCUCAACAAGUACCCGACCCCCAAGGAGAAGAUGGUCAUCGGCAUCAAGACGGUGGAGGAGCGCCAAGCAGAUGGCUUGACCGGGGUCAUUUACCGGCGCAAGAUCGCCACCUGUGCCAACGUGCUGCCCCGGUUUCUGCGGCAGCUGGGUGCGCUGCAAGUGGACAACGUGCGUCUGGAGGAGGAGUCAUGGCUGGACGUGCAGAGGAGAGUGCUGGACGUGCAAAGCCGCUGCCUCACCUGGACACACCUGGCCACCAUGCACGAGCAAGCGACGCUGCACCCGAGCCCACGCAACCCCACCUGGACGGAGUUUGUACAGCACGGCACGGUGGCGGUGACCGGCCUGGGCUCACUGGGGCGACUUGUGGAGAUGUUCGCUCACACAUUCCUGAGCCAGGGCGCCAAGCGGAGUGUACGCAUCAUGGACGGCUUGCUGGAGGAGCGCUACGGCUGCCCUGCACCUUGACACCACUGUGCGGCGCACGUGGAGCCACGUGGUACCAGGUGGAGCCAGGUGGAGCCGCGUGGUGCCAGGUGGAACCAGGUGGAGCCAGGUGGAGCCACGUAGUGUGACGUGGUGCCAGGAGGAGCCGCGUGGUUUGACGUGGUGCUAGGUGUAGCCGCGUGGUGCCAUGUGAUGCCACGUGGUGCCACGUAGUGCCAGGUGGAGCCAGGUGGAGCCAGGUGGAGCCACGUGGUGCCAGGUGGAACCAGGUGGAGCUGCUGCAUGGAGCUACGUGGAGCUUGCAGGAUAUUUCAGUGGAGGCUGCAGCCACACAGUUCCCUGUGUGAGAUGCGCUUACAAAUCAGCAGGGACACGGACUUGUCGUCAGCCUCCAUGCCGCGGGAGCCACCGGGGAGGUUCACACCAAGCUACCGCGGUCUCGUCGAUAUCCGUUUGAGUGUCGUCAUCAUUUCAGCGUCGCCACCAUUCAUGAUGUCCUCCUCUGGACAUCACCUCGGGGGGCUGGUGUGAUCAGCGUCACUCCUGGCCGCCUUUGUCUCCCCAGUGUUAAUGUUUCCACACCGUGCACCAGGUACUCGUUUAACGAUGAGUCGACCUAGGGGAGGCCCAAGCCCUGUUCAAAUUUUCGCUGUUAUCGACAGUGAGCAGGAGUCGUACUCGGAUGGCUGAGUUUGUAGCGGAGUGCGGUAACCACUACACUAUUGGUCCCAUCACAUACAUGAGCACACACACAGGUACACACACACACCACCCACACAAGCAGCAUACUGCGCUACGUACACGGCCACCCGAGUUUUAAUCCCACUCACAGCCAACAUCGGUGACAAUUAUCUGAACAAAUCCUACUCGGCCUCAAAGGAGUACCACGGGUUGUGUAAACAUCAGUAUGGGGCAAACAAAGACGUGCGCACACACAUACAGAUAUGUACACACACGCGUGCACACAGGAAUCCCGGUGCUGUGUGGAGGCGGCUGUGAGGAGCGCCGACGCCGCGUGUUGCUGUGAAGUGCGCAGCACUGCCGCUGUGCACCUUGUGUGUGGGUAGCGACUUCUCAGCGUUGCGCGAGUUGUCUUCAUUGCGGGGGAUGAGUAAUGAAGUGGUCUUUUAAACAUGACGAAUAAACGCAGUUAUUUUAUCCAAAA